AUGGAGACGCCACCAGUCAGUCCAGUGAAAGACAAGGAUACCUCUGAAUCACAGCAACAAUGGGAAAAGAACCCCUGGGAGAACUUUAAUCCAACUACUAAGUUUGGGCAGCAGUUCCGAGACCCUCCAACUGAAACCCUUGAGCUGGAAGCGAGUCCAGAUCCAGCCAGUCAAAUUCUGGAGAAUCCCGAAGGGACUGAAAAACUGGUGGCUGAACUUAAAUCUCAUGAAUCCACCAAUGAGAUACUACAGCCUCUUCAAGCUUCUGAACUCUGGUACUGUCCUGAUGGGAGCUUUAUCAAGAAGAUCAUAAUCCGUGGUCAUGGCUUGGACAAACCCAAGCUAGGCUCCCGCUGUCGGGUACAGGCUUUUGGGGUUCCUUUUGGGUCAGGGAUGUCAGAAGGCUGGACAGAACUAACUGUGGGUGUAGGGUCAUGGAGGGAGGAAACCUGGGGGGAGAUCAUAGAGAAAUGCUUAGAGUCCAUGUGUCAAGCUGAGGAGGCAGAGAUUCAGCUUCCUAGACACUCUGGGCCACCUGUCAGGCUCAUACUGGACUCCUUCACUCAGGGUCGGGACUCUUGGGAGCUGGAAAUCAGUGAGAAGGAAGCCUUGGCCAGGGACGAACGUGCAAGGGGCACAGAACUAUUUCGAGCUGGGAAUCCUGAAGGGGCUGCCAAAUGCUAUGGACGGGCCCUUCGGCUGCUGCUGACCUUACCCCCACCUGGCCCACUAGAAAGAAUUGUCCUCCAUGCCAAUCUCGCUGCCUGUCAGUUGCAGCUAGGGCAGCCCCAGUUGGCAGCUCAGAGCUGUGACCGGGUUCUGGAGCGGGAUCCUGGCCACUUAAAGGCUUUAUACCGAAGGGGGGUUGCCCAGGCUGCCCUUGGAAACCUGGAAAAAGCAACUGCUGACCUCAAGAAAGUGCUGGCGGUAGAACCCCAAAACCGGGCAGCCCAGGAGGAACUGGGGAAGGUGGUCAUUCAGGGGAAGAAACAGGAUGCAAGGCUGGCUCAGGGUCUGCGCAAGAUGUUUGAUUAA